AUGUCAAAGAAGAAGCGAAGGACGCUGCAAGACGCUGCAGUGCAUACUGAAGAAGUUCCGGGGCGUGACCUCAUUUCAAUCUUGCCAUGGGAGCUCAUUGCGGAAAUAUUGAGCACGACCACUUCAAACGAGGUCCUUGCUAUGGCAAGAUGCAGCCAACACUUUUGCCACAGCCUCGUCACCGUACCGCGUUCCAAGGCCAUCUGGAUAAAAGCCAGAAAUAAUUGUAGUCUUCCGGACCCGACUCCGAACUUUACUGAGCCUUCCUACGCUGCUUUCGUCUUUGGGGGUGGUCUGUGUUCCCAAUGCGGGAAAUUCAGUGCUAACUUCUAUUCGUCAUUCUCCCUCCGCCUUCGAUUCUGUAAUGACUACUGCGCUGAAAAUUGGAGAAAGACAAGCUCCAUAAUCCCAGAUAUGAAUGAGGACACCGAGGCUAUUGCACAGUGGCUUUUGUGCUCAGAAAAGGGACGUCUGAGUGAUAGAGACGCAACUUUUUUUGAAAGCAUCGUGGGUUUCAUAAGGAGACCAUUCUACCAAACCUUAGAAUUUGACAAGGCACUAGAAGAAUACAAAGAAUUUGUUAAUUUGUCAGGUUCGAUGCCACAGGAUCGUAGACAGCUUUAUAUCUCACUCCAUGAAAAACGCACAAAACAGAAAAAGGCGACUAUGAACCUAUGCUCUCUUCUUGUGGCAUGGAGGAGAGACAGAAUUCAAAAGGCUCAAGCUCUUCUACACAAGAAUAGGAAAACUUUAGAGAAGUUAGCAAUACAGGAAGGUUGGAAUAUUGAUGACCUUGUAAAUACACCAACAUAUCAGAACACACUCAGACACUAUGAUCGUGCACUUCGUCGUUUCAGAGAAGAAGACUUCAAUCUGAUACGAACCGACGUGGAGGCUGAAGUCACGAAAAUCGUUGAAAAAAGAAGUCGCUCCGAAGAAGAGCAAGCGUAUGCGAGAAGGCGAGAAUUGGUUGCACUUGAUUACCAUCGCAGGAAAUCGGCCAAUUCCGCCAGUUCGAACGCGGCGGCUUUGCCCACACAGAAUGUUUUCCGCGAACUUGCUGUCAUCAAAGCUAUCCAGAACAAGCAGGGCUCCAAGCCUGAGGAUGUCAUCAAGAAGUUCGGCGACGACGCUGUAAAGCAAUUGAUCGAAGAAGCCUUGUCCAGUUGGAGGGACCAGACAACAAAGAUCUUCGUGAAUAUCCUCGGCAUGAAAGGUUAUAAUGCGAUCAGCACAAAGAAGCUGCAUCCUGUGGAUAGGCUAACGGCGCGAUUCCUUUGCACUAAAUGUCUAGGGCACACCUCUGACAGAAGAAAAGUACCACUAUUAGACUUCAAGAUGGCGUGUUCACACCAGUGCUCCCACCUGACAAAGCAACAAAAGGGCAAGGCGAAAUGGUCACCAGAGCAAUUUGAACUCGAUCACCAGGCUUCCAAGGUCACACGCAAGUUACUCACCCUGCUGAGCGUCUCGGAGGACGACAGGUCAUCCCUCACAGCAGUAGCGAAGAUUGGGGACCGAAUAUUGUGCAAAACCUGUGAUGGUCAGAUCACGAUGAACUUCUGUGUUCUGCAACGUCAUUCCCACCGGCAUGACAAUAUGGAGAUUGAGAUCCUAUCUCCUACUCAAGCUAACGAACGGGCCUUUCUACCGAUCCAAUGGGACCUGUGCUCCAGCCUCACAUCAAGAGCAAAAAGCGCCUUUCGUAAGGCGGGACUUAGGAAAUACGGAUGUCGACACUGUCUGUUAUAUGAGGCCCCCGCGCAAUCAGAACCAACUACAGGGCAAAACGAAGCUAACAGCGACACAGAAAUUCAUUCAAGGUUGCCAAACACAAGGAGCAAACAGCGAAAACUCAUGACUUUCAAUGGGAUGCAGUGUCAUCUUUUACAGGCGCAUAGGGUAUCGGUCGUCGAUGAUGAGGACGUUUAUCGCGCUGACGACCUGGAGUGCUAG